AUGACACAAAGAACUUCAUCUCACAAUUUACUAUCAGACGCCUCAGAAGUACAUAGGAAUGAAGUAGGAGUGCAGCUGCUUACUCCAUCCUUGCGUAGGCAAGUCUACCCUCGUGAUCUCGAACAACCGCAUCCAUCGUAUGUAAACAUCGCCUUAGAACAUCUCGAGAAGCACAAUUUAGCAAGUGGUAAAGGAUCUACACUUCCUCAGACUAGCUUUACGCUACCACCGCUACAGGGGCCAGAUUUAGAUCAUCACUUCUGGAGAAUUGGGAGCGAAGUUGCAGAACCAUAUUUAGGAUUAUCCAAGGACUUGUGCAGUAGAAAAUUACCUACAAUGCCAGAUUAUUGGGUUACAGACACCCACGGUUGGACAGUUUACGAUUCCGAUGGAAGUUACAAGUGCAUUGAAAAUGGCCCCUCAACGGAAUCUAUGGUGGUUUUUGAUGUAGAAACCUUACCACAUAUUUCUCAACAUGCUGUUAUGGCGGUAGCAGCCUCGCCCACUCAUUGGUAUAGUUGGAUAUCACCCUAUCUAACUGGCCAUUCAACCUCUACAGAGCAUUUCAUACCCUUGGGAGAGAGUGACAGUAGAAGUCGUAUUAUCGUUGGUCACAACGUUGGUUACGAUAGAGCAAGAUUGGCACCAGAAUAUGCAAUGGAGAAGUCAACUAACAGAUUCAUUGACACAAUGUCACUGCAUGUUGCUGUUAGAGGUAUGUCGAGUCCUCAGAGACCAGCUUGGGUCGCCCAUAGAAAGGAAAAACAGCUAGAGCGCGACCAUGCACGUGAAGCAAGCCAAACAGUUAGGAAUAUCUUAACAGAGCGCGAGGAUCCUGAGCUUCAGAAAUCAUUGAUGAAGUAUGAACUAGAGGAGAAAGCUGCUCAAGAAGCUAUCGAUAAAGCAAUGCUGCAAGUGUCAGUUGAAGACACAGGAAACUCCCAAUGGCAAGACAUUGCAACAUCAAACUCCCUUAAUAAUGUUUACGAAUUGUAUAAUCCCGACAAACCACGACUUGACAAGCAAACCAGGGAGUACUUCAUGGACGAGAGUAGUAAUGCCGAGACACUCAAGCCUGAGUUACAAAACCUGAUGCAAUACUGUGCGCUAGAUGUUCAAGCGACACAUGAUGUCUACCAGAAGGUAUUGCCAAUGUUCCUUGAGCGUUGCCCACAUCCGGUUAGUUUUGCAGGCAUGCUCGGUAUGGGAAACUCCUUUUUACCUAUCGACCAAUCUUGGAAGGAGUACAUAAAGUCCGCUGAAGGGAAAUACAAAGAACUGACAGACAAUGUUCAUGACAAUCUAGGUGAACUAGCUGAAAUGGCCAAGACAAAAUUGGAUGAUGGCUCAUGGAAAGAUGAUGUAUGGUUAUCUCAACUUGAUUGGACACCUAAACGUGCCAGACGUGCGCGGAAAACCACCUCAAAAGGGAACAAGACUGAUAUUGAAAUACCCACUUGGUUCUCAAAAAUGCUUGCAAGACGCACAGAUUCGAUGCUUUCAUCACCAUCACUGAAGGCAAGCAUAUUACCAUACCUUAUACAACUGAAGUACCUGGGUCAUCCUAUAAUUUUUACCACCACAUUAGGCUGGGCAGCGAAAGUACCAAAUAAAGAUGACACCUUGCAAUCUCAAGCGGAGCAAUUAAAAGACAAUGAUGCUAGGAAAUACGAAGAGGAUAAUUACUACUUUGUCAAAGUUCCUAAUACACUUAGUAAGAGCUUCAUCGUUGGCAAUGUCAUUAGCAAGGCAUUUGAGGGGUUGGUAAAAGAUGGUAGAUUGACCAGUGUACUUUCCAAAGAAGAACUUCUAGGUGUAUUUAGCGGCGGUGAUGGAAAAUCUGAAACAUUACUCAAUAAAAUUAUGUUGGAGAGCUAUCUCAAUAACAACAUUAACGAGCUCAGUGAGCUUGACUGGUCACCAACGAGGCUAACCUCGGCAUCACACAAGAAAUUACUACAUGCAAGCGAGCUAGCUGGUGUUGGCCUCAACGAAUCUUUCGGUAAGCCGAUAAAGUCUUCGACGCCUGCAGAAAACCUGAAUUCUUCAUUGAUGCAACCAAAAUGGUACUGGGACCUUGAGGGGAAGCAUAGGCGUGAGGACGGCAAAAUUGAGGUAUCCACGAGAAGCAAGUUGUCACCAAUAUUGCUGAAGCUACGUUGGCUCAAUUACCCCGUUUUUAGUUCACGCAAACAUGGCUGGGUGUAUAGGGUACCAAGGAGUGAUAUAAUCAAUGAGAAACACACGACUCGCCAACCUGAACUUGCUUUCAAACAUCCCUCGGAUGCUACGCUCAGUGAAGCAACAAAAGAGUUUGCAUUCUACAAAAUACCCCACAAAGACGGUGAAGAAUACAAUGUUGGAAACCUCCUAUCGAAGGGAUUCAUACAUGCCAUGGAGUCAGGUGUGCUGACUAGUGAGGACAACACUGCUCAUGCAGCAAUGGAUCUCAAUGCACAGUGUAGCUACUGGAUUAGUUCAAGGGAGAGAGUGAUGAAGCAGUUCGCUGUCUAUGAUGGUUCUGAUGGCGUGAACAUGGGUCUAGGUGGUAAGCAGUCCAAACGUGGUAUGAUUCUCCCAGAAGUUAUUCCAAUGGGAACGAUUACCCGUCGAGCUAUUGAAAAAACUUGGUUAACAGCCUCAAAUGCUAAGAAAAACCGAGUUGGUAGUGAACUUAAAGCCAUGGUGAGAGCACCCCCUGGUUAUGCAUUCGUUGGUGCAGAUGUUGAUUCUGAGGAAUUGUGGAUAUGUGCUACUCUGGGUGAUGCGCAAUUUGGUGUGCAAGGCGCGACUGCGAUAGGUUGGAUGACACUAGAAGGUACAAAGAGUGCUGGAACCGAUUUACAUUCUGUUUCGGCAAACAUUUUGGGUAUUUCUAGAGACCAAGCGAAGGUUUUUAACUACUCACGUAUUUAUGGUGCCGGUGUUAAGCAUGCUGUACAGCUGCUCCUUCAAUCAAAUCCUUCCAUAAGUGAAAGCGAAGCCAAACAAAGAGCAACAGAGUUAUACGCCGCGACAAAGGGUAAGACGAUAAGAGAUGCAUUUGGAAAAAAGUUCUGGUAUGGCGGUACCGAAUCGUAUGUUUUCAAUAAGCUCGAAGAGAUCGCACUAAGCGACCAGCCUCGCACACCCACAUUAGGAUGUGAGAUUACAGCGGCUCUAUCCAAGAAGCACCUUCCAGCAUCUGGUAGUAAUUUCAUGACCAGUAGAGUCAACUGGGUCGUCCAAAGUAGCGGUGUAGACUAUCUGCACAUGCUUAUUGUGUCUAUGGAGCAUCUCAUCAACAAAUAUAACAUAAAAGCAAGGUAUUUAAUUUCCGUACAUGAUGAAGUUCGUUUCUUGGUUGAUGAAAAGGACAAAUAUCGGCUAGCACUCGCACUGCAAAUAGCUAAUCUCUGGACGAGAGCCAUGUUUGCAUUCAAAUUGGGCAUGGACAACCUUCCUAUGUCGGUCGCAUUCUUCUCUGGUGUGGAUAUAGAUCAAGUCUUCAGAAAAGAGGUGGACAUGGAUUGCGUAACACCUUCAAAUACCACAGCUAUACCACCAGGAGAAUGCUACGACAUAGAAGCUCUUCUGAAAAUAACAAAUGGUACGAUAAAACAAGAUGGUAGAAAGAUGGAAGAUCGUCCUCCGGUUAAUGAACCAGCACCCGACUGCCGGUUCUUCACACAAUCUCACAGACCACCGACCGUACACUUCCUCAAAGCGCAGUCAGCAAGUUCUGUAUCUCAAAUCAAAAUGUUAGAGAGGCAAUUACGAGAAACUCCAACUGAUGUCAUUCGAACACCCGGUAAAACCACCGGGAAGAAGAAAACUUCUCAAAGCCCAAGAGGCCCAGUAAGAAAAGUUAACAUUAUUCGCAAACCUAUCAAGAAUUGA